AUGAGAACUACCGACGCCCUUCAGCCCCUCCUACUUGCUGAAGCCCUUACAGAGAGGGGCUCGCACUCCAGCGGGAUCCUCACCAAGGAGAUGAAGAUAGCAGCAAAGGAACUGAAGGAGAAAGUGAACAUCACAGUGCGACAUGCAGACAAGACAGCAGCCUUCGUCUUGAUUGAUACUGUGGAUAUCAUGAGAAGCUGGAUGCUAUUUUGUCUGACGAGAGCAAGUAUCGAGUGCCUGACGAGGAACCCGACAGACGACAUCAAGAGGGAAGCUAACAGAGUCAUCAGCGCAGUGAAUGCUGCGACAAACACUGUGCACCUCCCGCCCAUACAAGGAGACUGCAGCCUGGGUUAUUUAUAUGUUAAUGUAAAAACCCACAAACAAGGAAACCCCCUCUGGCCGGUCAUCAGCCAAACCCCCGCCCCGACGUACGCCUUGGCUAAAAGCCUUAACCAAAUUUUGACCCCAUACAUCCCGAGUCGGUACAGCCUGCAGUCCUCGGCAGAAUUCUUAGAAGCCAUCAAGGACGCCCCUGGCACCGGGAUUAUUGCCUCGUUGGACGUGGAGUCCCUAUUUAUGAACGUGUCUGUCGACGAAACCAUAGAUAUAAUCCUUGAUCAUGUCUACAGGAAUCAGUCGACAUAG